AUGCCAAAUCUACUUGGCAGAAGCGUCUUCCAUCAUGGAAAGGGCCUCCACGCACCUAAUGCGGACCAUAACCCACAAACAGAGCCCAAUGUUCGGAGCAGUCGAUCAUUUCUCGGAUUCAUGAACCAUACCAGUAGCCGAGAAUCAGUGGGCAGCGACUCGGGAAACGAAGGCCGCAGCAAUGUGAAACGUUCCGGUGGAUCCAUGAACGAGCUGAAACGAUUUUUCCGCCCGGCCAUACUUCACCGCAAGCCUUCACAAUCCAACAUGCGAAACGGAUCGCCGGAUCACCACUCGCACACACAGUCUGCCAUCCCACCUUCUUCGGAUUCGACGUUGUCGCUUUCGAAUCGCGUCAACAUAUACCACGACGACGCCAUUUUGGCUCAGAAAUACGGUAAACUAGGUAAGAUUUUGGGUUCUGGUGCAGGUGGAUCUGUACGUGUAAUUACAAGGCCCAGUGACGGUGCCACUUUUGCCGUGAAAGAGUUCCGGCCUCGAAGGCCCAAUGAGUUAGUCAAGGACUACGCCAAGAAAUGCACAGCAGAGUUUUGCAUCGGCUCAACUUUGCAUCAUCCUAAUAUCAUAGAAACGCUGGAUAUUUUCAGCGAUGCGAAACAGAACAAAUACUAUGAGGUUAUGGAAUACUGUCCAAUUGAUUUCUUCGCGGUUGUCAUGUCGGGCCAAAUGACACGGGGAGAAAUUAACUGUUGUCUUCGUCAACUCACAGAAGGUGUCAAAUACUUGCAUGAGAUGGGUUUAGCACACCGAGAUCUAAAACUGGAUAACUGCGUUAUGAGUACCGAUGGUCUUCUGAAGCUCAUCGAUUUUGGUAGCGCGGUCGUGUACAAAUAUCCAUUUGACUCUAGUAUCACCAUGGCCCACGGGAUUGUCGGUAGCGAUCCUUACUUGGCUCCGGAAGUUAUGACAUCUACCAAACAAUAUGAUCCAACCUGUGUUGAUAUCUGGUCCAUUGGUAUCAUUUACUGUUGUAUGAUGUUGAAGAGAUUUCCAUGGAAGACACCCAAAGAUAGCGAUGAAAACUUCCGACUAUUUUGCUUACCUGACGAUGUUGAACAUGAUUAUAUCAAGUCUGCUCAAGAACAUGAGAAGCUAAUGAGGCAAAGACGCCAAGAGAAGCACAGAAGUAGAAAAUUGAAGGAAGAUGCCCAAGAGAGCGUAGCAGACACAGAACAGCCGACACCGAAUGCCACAGCUGGACACACAGCUGCCCCAUGCGUUAAUGCAGAGAAACGAGAUACGGAAACUAAGCAGGACAAAACUUCCAAUAUGAUGGAGCAGGGGCUGGAUCCUGAGAAGGAGAUCAAACCACAGGUUCCAGCAACAAAGAAAUUCAUUGAGAAUGAGGAGCGCACGGUGGAACCGGGCGAUAAAGGCGUUGCUCCAACUCACAACCAGCAUCAAGAUGGAAUGAAGGAAGCUCCACGGAUAGACGAAAAUCAUGCUGCGGAUCCAGCGAAAGGUCCAGCGUCGUCGUCAAAUCCCGAAGCUCAUCAACAAAAGCCUAGAGCCCGAGAACAUGGUAGAGGGAGAAGAGUAAUGCACGGACCUUACAGGCUACUGCGUCUCUUGCCGCACGCCUCCAGGCCAAUAAUGUCUAGAAUAUUGACCAUUGAUCCUAAUGAAAGAGCAACUAUGGAAGAAGUUUACCGUGAUCCGUGGUUUUCAACUAUUCCAUACUGUACUAAAGACAUGAAAAAGGUGAUUAGGAACGCCGCAGGGCAUACACAUACAAUUGUGUGCGAAGAAGAAGCGCAUUUGGAACAUUAUGAGGGAAGGUAG